AUAAAAGGAGCAGACACUUUUCAUUCAAAGUAUCUCCGUUCAGUCAUGGGGUCAUCAGUGAUCUUGCUCAGCAUUGUAACCAUGAUGGUGUGUAUGGAGGGUUCAAAAGCACAGACAUCAAAUGGUUGUGGGGAAGCUCCUCUAAACACACGUGUUGUGGGUGGUACAAAUGCCCCAGUAGGUAACUGGCCCUGGCAGGUCAGUAUUCACUACAACAGACAUCACAUCUGCGGAGGAACUCUGAUCAACAACCAAUGGGUGAUGACAGCUGCUCACUGCAUCAUUUCUACUAACACCAUCAUGUGGACCUUGUACUUGGGAAGACAAACUCAGACCACAUCUGCUGCCAACCCAAAUACACACGAAUUGAGUGUUGGUGUCCAGUCCAUCAUUGUACAUCCGAAAUACAACAACUCACUUUACAAUAAUGACAUCUCCCUGAUGAAACUGGAUCAACUUGUGACCUUUACUAACUACAUUCGUCCGGUCUGCCUGGCAUCUACUGGGAGUGUCUUUCACAGUGCUACAACCUGCUGGGCUUCAGGUUGGGGAAAUAUUGCCAAAGACCAGUAUUUGCCGGCCCCUCAGGCUCUUCAGGAAGUGGAAAUCCCAGUUGUGGGCAACAGACAAUGUACCUGCCAAUACAAUCCAAUAAAAAAUGUUGGAAUUACAUCGCAGAUGAUAUGUGCAGGCAGAACUGGUAAAGGAAUCUGCCAGGGAGAUUCUGGAGGCCCAUUACAGUGCAAACAAGGUUCUGUGUGGAUCCAGGCAGGGAUCUCGAGUUUUGGAAUACCUUGCGCCAUGAAAAAUUUCCCAGAGGUCUAUUCACGUGUCUCUGAAUUCAACACUUGGGUCACAGGGAAUGUGGAGGGAUCCAGCAUUGGAUUCGUAAAGUUUUCAUCCAGUGGCACAGACACAGACAGCAGCUUUACAUGCUCAAAUGCUCCCACACUCAAGUUCUCACAGUACUCUAAUAUUAUCAUUUUCUUCACAACACUCACCUUCCUCAUUUCACAUGCAUAUUAACAAUAAACUGACUCUGCUGUGAGUUAACAAGAUGAUGGGAAUAGGGAUGUGUCACAGUGACAAUGCAAAUUUAGUAGAUCCACUCAAAGUGUAAGGUUUAGGAGGUUAGCAUAAGCAGUUAGCCCCUGCUGGUAGAUGUUGUAACUACACCAUUAUGCAGCCAAAAAGCAUCUUUCUCCUUUGCCAUUCAAAAGAAGGCGAGUAUUCUAAAUAUUCUUUUUCUGCAAGCAACAUUAAAUAAAACGUGCAUCACACCGUAAUUUUGACUUAAACUCAUUAUUAGGAGCUUCCCAGUGUAAUACUGGCACCAACUUGUCUGCAUCACUUCUGGGAAAUUCAAAGAACUCUGCGAGUACCAAAUCAUAAAAACUUUCACACAGAAGAACAUUUCCACUGAAGUCAACACAUCCUACUGAGCAAGGACCAUAAACGUGAAUCUCUGCCCCCUCUACUCCCCUUCAGCUCAGAAUCAUCUCAACUCACUUAAGAUCUCUGUGUAGCAAAAUAUAAUAUCUGAUGUACACAAAUAAUAUAACUAGGCAUGUUUGGUAUAAUUUAAAAUGAUCAGUGAGACUGGUAUAAUGGUCUCUUUCCCCAUGUUGAUAAAACUAAUGUAACAAAGUUAUAAGGUCUUUUGCCAAAUGCUGUAUAAUUCUGGAGGUCUGUCCCCCUCCCUGCAUGUAUGUUAAUAAGGUAUGACACCAGGACGUCCAAACCUAACCACUCCCAAAAUUCCCUUUGUUCAUGGUUUGGAUAUUUAAGGAAAGCUGGCCCAGAGCUUGUGGAAUCUGCAUUCAGUUGCUGUGUGUAAUGAUAAACAAAUCAGGGUUUCUCUGUAGCCAGAUUGACCCACACAGAAAACAUUGUGUGUAGCUAUCAAGUAAUUGCAAUUUGAAUUUCUUAUGUUUGGUAAAAGUUUGAAUGGAAUGCAACUUUAGCUAUACUAUUAUUUUAAUUGGAUUGUUUGAAUGUAUUAAU